GGCGUGGUUACUGUUGUGGGCGUGGUCACUGUUGUGGGCGUGGUUACUGUUGUGGUCAGCGCUGGAGGCGUGGUCAACGCUGGAGUCGCGCGUGUGUUUACAUCAGCGAAGACAUGAGGGGAUGCUGGCAGGGUUAGAGAAGUGAUGUAGGGAAGCCCUGUAAUCCUCCCCCAACGUAUCGAGCAUCUUCAGCAUCUCUAUCUCCAUCAUCUCCAACAUGAAGAUGAAGAAAGAAAACUCUCAGGAUGCUGUCAGCGACAUAACUUCAACAUAUUCAGACGCGUCGCUGGAUAUGGUGGAGUCUCCGGCGGACAUAGUACUCACCCACGCCGAGAGGAAGUUUCUUCUCUUUGUCCAGAGGGGUGAUGUGGCUUCGACCAGGAGGCACCUGGAGACGUUCAAGGACAAGCCUCAGGAGCUGGACAUCAACUGUACGGACCCGCUGGGACGCUCAUCCCUCGCCAUCGCCAUCGAGAACGAGAACCUCGACCUGAUGGACCUGUUGCUCAGCUUCAACGUCAAGCCCAAGGACUCACUCCUCAAUGCCAUCUCGGAGGAGUACGUAGAAGGAGUCGAGAUGCUACUCACCUGGGAGGAGAAAAACCAUAAGAAAGGCCAGCCAUAUAGCUGGGAGUGUAUACCUAAGGAGACGGCCAGCUUCACCAAGGACAUAACUCCGCUCAUUCUCGCAGCUCACCACAACCACUACGAGAUCCUCAAGCUCCUCCUCGACCGCGGCGCCACGCUCCCGAUGCCUCACGAUAUCAGAUGUGGCUGUGACGAGUGCCUUAUAUCUACCGAGGAGGACUCCCUGAGGCACUCCCUCUCCCGUAUCAAUGCCUACAAGGCCCUGGCGUCUCCGUCUCUCAUCGCCCUCUCCUCCAAGGACCCCAUCCGCACAUCCUUUGAGCUCUCCGGCGAGCUGGGCCGCCUUCAGGGCAUGGAACACGAGUUCAAGACGGAGUAUAAUGAGCUUCGCAGGAAAGUGAUGAAGUUCGCGUCUGAGCUGUUGGAUCAGACGAGGACAAGGUCUGAACUUUCCAUAAUGCUCAACUAUGACCCCGAGGGCCUCGUGUGGGAAGAGGGAGAGGUCAAUUCCUUGGAAAGACUCAAAAUGGCCAUCAAGUUCUCUCAAAAAUCGUUCGUCACGCACCCGAACGUGCAGCAGCUCCUGGGCGCCAUCUGGUACGACGGACUGCCCGGAUUCCGUCGCAAGGACAUGAUGGGGCAGUGCAUAGAGGUGGCCAAGCUGGCUUGCAUGUUCCCCAUCCUCUCCUUCGCCUACAUCUUCUUCCCGAAAUCCGAGAAGGGGAACUUCGUCAAGAAGCCUUUCGUUAAGUUCAUCACCCAUUGUGCCUCCUACAUGUUUUUCUUAAUGCUGCUGGCCCUGGCGUCUCAGAGGAUCGAGUAUCUAUUCAUUGAAUGGUUCGGUAACCCCUGGCUUCGAUCCCUUUUAGAAGACUGGAAGCUGAAGGAGAGAGGCUCUCUUCCAGGCAUCGUUGAACUGGCUAUCAUUAUGUACGUCUUCAGCUUGAUAUGGGCCGAGAUGAAGUCGUUGUGGGGCGAUGGUUUACUGGAGUACGUGCAAGACCUGUGGAACAUCAUCGACUACAUAACCAACAUGUUCUUCAUGACGUGGAUCCUGAUGAGGACCACCUCCUGGAUUCUCGUGCAGAGGGACCUCUGGGCCGGCAUUUGGCCCUACUACCCGCGGGAGACUUGGCAUCCCUUCGAUCCGCUCCUCAUCUCUGAGGGCUGUUUCGGCGCGGCCAUGAUCUUAAGCUUCCUGAAGCUGGUGCACAUCUUCAGCGUGAACCCGCACUUGGGGCCACUGCAGAUCUCCCUCGGCCGCAUGAUCUUCGAUAUUCUCAAGUUCUUCUUCCUGUACACCCUCGUCCUCUUCGCCUUCGGCUGUGGUAUGAACCAGCUGAUGUGGUACUACGCUGAGCUGGAGAUGAAGCGAUGCUACCAUCUGCCGGGAGGUCUCCCGGACCGGGACAAGGAGAGCCAAGCCUGUUUUAUCUGGCGACGGUGGACAAACUUAUUUGAGACGUCACAGUCGCUCUUCUGGGCCUCGUUCGGGCUCGUGGAUUUGGACUCGUUCGAUCUGACUGGCGUGGGAAGCUUCACCAGGUUCUGGGCGUUGUUGAUGUUUGGGUCGUACUCGGUGAUCAAUGUUAUCGUCCUACUCAAUCUCCUUAUUGCUAUGAUGUCAAACUCCUAUAACAUCAUUUCGGAACGCUCCGACGCUGAGUGGAAGUUCGCCAGGACGAAGCUGUGGCUGAGUUACUUCGAGGGCGGCGGCACCGUGCCUCCGCCCUUCAACGUCAUCCCUUCCCCCAAGAGCGUCCUCAAGCUGAUGGGCCUGGGUCAGGUGAAGCUCAGGAGGUCCUUCAAGGUCAAGUCCAAGAAGAUAGCGGAACAGCGACAUAUGAACGUGAUGCGGCUGCUCGUCCGUCGCUACAUCACCGAGCAGCAGAGGAAGGCGGACGAGAGAGGCGUCAAUGAGGACGACAUCAAUGAAGUCAAGCAGGACAUAUCCACCUUCAGAUAUGAAUUGAUUGACAUUCUGAAGAACAACGGAAUGAACACGUCAAUGGUCAGCGCUGAGGAAGCCUCUGUGAUUGGCAAGAAGGGUCGAGCUAUGGAACGACGCCUCAUGAAGGGCUUCAACAUCGGGCUGGUGGAAGGAAUCAUCAACGAGAUCCUCACCAGCGAAAAGAAACCCACGAACAUCUUCGGGAAGCUGGCCCGUGCCAUCGGCAAGAAGAAGAAGGAGGAUUGGAACGCCAAGGUCUCACGCGCCUCCAUGCGACGGGAUCAGAUCGGUUCCUCAGAGACCAGCAUCAAGAGGUCGCAGUCGUCCAUCAAGAGGCGCAUACAAUACGAGAACGAAAUGCUCUUGAAGUCCCUCAAUCCGGAAAUGAUUGCAGAAUACAAUCCCAACCUGGAGGUCCACACUCCUACCACACGCAUCGCCUAUGCCAGAUUUAAGGUCAAUACCCUCAAGAAGGAGAAGGAAAAGGAGCUGGCCAAGGAGAAAAAGGCGGUCACUCAAGAGAAGGCCGGAGCAGCGAACCUGAAAUUGAAGGCUGAGGAGAUGGAGCAGAAAGCAGGUAAGCCUUUUGUAUCAAGAUCACCAUCUCCUCAAGCUCCAGUAGUCACAAGUCCGGAUAGUACUCCGAAGCUGGUUCCAGCCUCUAAGCCAAAGCCUGACGAAGUUUCCAAGACUCUAGACAAGUCAGCACCAAAAUCUGCCACAAGCCAAGAAUCCAAGCCUUCUACAGGCCAGGACUCCAAGCUUGCCGACAAAAGUCAGGACAUCGAACCUCCCACAACUCAAGACAUGGAGCCUCCCACAAUUCAGGCCCCAAAGCCUCCUACAAUUCAAGACAUGCAGCCUCCCACAACUCAGGCCCCAAAGCCUCCUACAACUCAAGACAUGCAGCCUCCCACAACUCAGGCCCCAAAGCCUCCCACAAUUCAGGCCCCAAAACUUCCUACGACUCAAGACCUGCAGCCUCAUACAACUCAGGCCUCAAAGCCUCCUAUGACUCAAGACCUGAAGCCUCUCUUAAGUCAGGGUUCUAGCUCCCCUGCUAGCCAGGCUUCUAAGCUUAUUUAUCCUACUAAGCCCCAAGAAGGCAGCUUUCCCCUUCACCCUUCAAACAUUGAUCCUUCAGCGCCGCCAAGACGGGCACCUGGAAAGUUAGCAGUACCAAAAGCCUUCCAGCAAGAUACACAGCUCCUCCCUCCACCUCGCACCAAGCCACCACCCAAACAGAUAGUUAAAUUUGAAAGCACACCAGUCGACAAACCUUUGCCCAGACUGAUCAUUCAAACUCCUUCUAGUUCAGCCGAUAAAAUUCCACCCAAACAAAUAACCAAAAUUUCAGCCAGUCCAAGAUUCCAAGAUUCCAACAGGCAAGGGCUUCCAGCAAGGAUUCCGUCCAGUUCAACCGAUAAAAUUCCACCCAAACAAAUAAUCCAAAUUCCAGCCAGCAAAGGAGUUGAAGAUUCCAACAGGCCAGGACUUCCAGCAAGGAUUCCGCCCAGUUCAGCCGAUCUCCACCCAAAACAAAUCGUUCAAAUUCCAGCCAGCUCAACCGAGAAGCCCUCACCCAAACAAAUGGUUCAGUUUGCAGACAGCCCAGACGAGAAGCCUCUACCUAAACAAAUGGUUCAGUUUGCAGACAGCCCAGACGAGAAGCCUCUACCUAAACAAAUGGUUCAGUUUGCAGACAGCUCUGAAAAGAUGCCUCUGCCAAAACCGAUCGUUCAAACUCCAACCAAGAAGCCGAUUGCUUCACCACCAAGCAAACCCAGGAGUUCUCCUACUAGCGUUUCACAGGACCCCGUGGUCACGAGUCCUGUGUUCAAGGAAGAGUUGGAAAUACAUCGGUAUAACCUUUCCCCGACACCUAGCGAAACAAGAGGAAGGACUCCCGAGCCAAGCCCUGCAGGUAAAUCAAAGGUAACAGGCCAAGUGAGAACGGGAUGGUUGUAGAAAAAUAUACAAACUCUUGUACAUUGUGCAUUUGGGCAAAGUUUACCUUUGCCAAAUAUCUCCUGAUAUUUCAUUGCCACAUUUUGCAAAUUCUUACAGGUUAAUGGGCGAGUAAUGCAUUUCUUGAGCUCUCUCCUCAUUGCAAAAAUGUACAUCAUCUAUAAAAUAUCUCAUAGUCCAGUCGAUAGAACUUCGGCCUCACAAGCGUAGGGUCCAUGGGUUGAGUCCCAUACAGCUCUGGUGAAUGGAAUUCACUCCUAGCUUCUGUUUGGAAGGACAGUGUGUUAACGGAAUGACCGCCCUUGUUUCGGGGCUCAACGUCCCGACGGCCCGGUCCCCAACCAGGCAUCCUCGCAAUUAAUUUACAUAUUCCAGGCGCCAAGAAAAUCCCUCCUCAAUUCUGAGAAUUCGAAGUGUCAGUGAAGUUUCCACCAACAUCUUAUUAUGGCAUCACAAUUACUCUUAACAAUCUUACAUUGGCACUUCCUCCAGAGGAGCCGGGUCGCUUGCCUCUCGAUAGAAUCCUUGGUGAAUAGGAUACUUUUGAUGUCCUUGUCAUAUGUCUUUUUGUUCUCGUAUUAACAGCCUGAGUGAUAUUUAGCGCAUUUUGAGUAUCCAGCAACAGAUUGCUACAUAGUCUUCCCGCCUUUGCGCCAUAUUUUGAUAAUUACCUACUUGCUUAAUUCCCGGAUAGACGCUUACUUAUGUUACCUACCUGCUUAAUGCCUACAGAGGCGCAGAAUACAUCUAUGUGAAGAUUAGUGUAUUAAAUCCUUAUUUAUUAUUGGAGUACAGAUUCCUGAGCCUACUGGGCUCUAUUAUAUCUACAUUUGAAACUGUGUAUGAAGUCAGCCUCCACCACAUCACUGCCUAAUGUAUUCCAUCUGUUUACUAAUCUGACACUGAAAACCUUAUUUCUAACGUCCCUAUGGCUCAUUUUGGUACAUAUACCCUGUGAAUUCCUCUGAGAAAUUUGUAGGUAGUGAUAUUGUCUCCUUUAACUCUUCUGUCUUCCAGAGUCGUGAAGUUCAGUUCCAGUAAUCUUU